AUGAACAUUUACCCACCUAGCCACACUCUCCAUCUGUCGAACAUUCCGUCGAACAUUUUCGAGCACACACUCACCGAAGCGUUCGAGCAGAACGGAUUCUCCGUCAAAGCGUUCAAAUUCUUUCCGUGA